GGAUGUAAAUGUUUAAUGUUAACAACAACAACAACAUCAGAAGUCAUGGCCAAACGUGUUGCUGUCAUCCUCUCCGGCUGUGGUGUCUACGACGGCACCGAGGUCCACGAGGCCUCGGCCGUCCUCGUCCACCUGAGCCGUGCAGGAGCCAAGGUGCAGAUGUUUGCUCCCAAUGCGGAUCAGAUGCACGUUGUCAACCACUGUGAGGGGAAACCGACAGGGGAGAAAAGAAACAUCCUGCAGGAAAGUGCACGCAUCGCCAGGGGUGAGGUGACUGAUCUGGCCAAGAUGGACAUGUCAGCUUUUGAUGCUGCGAUCAUCCCAGGUGGCUUCGGCGUGGCUAAAAACCUCAGUGACUUUGCAGUGAAGAAUAAAGAUUGCACUGUUCAGCCCCAAGUGGAAAACCUCAUCAAGACGUUCCACAAAGCCAAAAAACCACUGGGAAUGUGUUGCAUUUCUCCCGUCCUUGCGGCUAAAAUCCUGCCUGGAUGUGAGGUGACCGUGGGGCAGGACAAAGACGGCGACAAGUGGCCUUAUGCUCAGACAGCAGGUGUGGUAAAGGAGAUGGGCUGCAAACAUGUGAAUAAAGAUGUGGACCAAGCUCACGUCGACGUGAAGAACAAGCUGGUCACCACCUGUGCUUUUAUGGCCAAUGCUCCCAUUCACCAGGUGUUUGAUGGCAUCGGGGUCUUAGUUAAAGAAGUACUGGAGCUGGCUGCUACUGCGUUUUAACUCUUUGACUUUUUUUACUGUCAUAAAGCAUUGUGCUGUACCUUUAAUUAAUAAUUGAACUUUAUAUAAGAGAUUUUUGUUUGUGAUUUUCAAUAAAUCAAAUAUCAAAGUUA